ACAUGCACUAAGGUUAACGUGGCCCAGCAUUUACAUAGGGGCCAAGAGAGACUCCUAUUAGAGAGCGAGACGCCUUGGAUUCGUGACCAGCUAGGUCAAGAAGUCUCAGUUAGCGGCUUCUCUCUUGAUCUGGCAUUCCAUAUUUCUCAGGAAGCCAACAUCGUGACAGUCACCAAUACCCUUAAGGGUGAAACCCCUGAUAUUCAAUACAUUCUAUAUACGCGACGUAGAAGGUUCCUCUAUCUUGGAAAGCACAGCGCGCCUCUUUACGGCGUCAAUGGUGUCCAACCUCCGGGCCAACAAAACUCUCACUCUCAAAUUCUUCAUCCCAAAGUCCAAUUUCUGGUCGGCCAUCAGGCCCGCCUAGAACGAAGUUCUUGCGAUUCUAUCCCAGCAAAAUGGAGAGAACCGAGACAAUCCCUUUUCCAUUGGCGCCCUACACAAUAUCACAACAGGCGAUAUUCAAUACCUAGCAGCAAAACCUCACAGGGGGCAUGCGACGGUAGCGGAUUUCGCAUGUUCACAGUUGUUCUUGACCGUGCAAAUUUUGUCUCAGAGGCUGGGGUGUACUUCUACAUGACUGACUCAGACGAGUCUGAGGAUCCGGACACUUCAUCUGAUGAUACGAUCGUUUCCCGGUCGUAG